AUGGAACACUCUUUGUUUUUGAAAACUAAUUGUGGUAAAAUAUUUGCGGAAAUCAAGAAUGUACGCCGUAGUGAUACUUUAUUGUCAGUUCGGGAACGUGUCGAUAUCACUGAUAGACAAAAUUUUAACUUUUUACUCUUUGGGACACCACUGAAAUCUAAACAAGAGUCUAAAACCCUUGUGCAAGAUUGCAGUGUUUUAAGUAAGUCUGAUGGAAACGCAGAAAUUACAAUUAGAAUAAUCAACGCGCCAGUUGAGAAUAUUAAAGCUGUUCAUCCGGCCCCAUCUCACCCUGCUUCACGGUUAUUUGUCAAGACUCCGCAGUCAAAAGUAGUAUCAAGCGCUGAUUGCCUUCCCGGUGGUAAUAAGCCUGUGUUCGAGAAGGGUGCCUUUGGUAAUUGUUUUGCUCCACAAAAAAAAAUCUCACCGAAACUGCGCAAGUUAGAGGUCUAUACCGAGGACGAAAUAUCAGAAGUGACAGGGCUCCUAUCAAAAGAAAAGAUGAGAUUUCAUAAUAACAUG